UUUUUUUUUUUUUUUUUUUACCUGCCAAUCCCCCCUCACCCAGACCCCUGUCAAGAAGGUGCCGGUGGUGCGAAUCUUCGGAGCGACCCCGGCAGGUCAGAAGACAUGUCUUCAUCUACAUGGCAUCUUUCCUUACCUCUAUGUGCCAUACGAUGGUUAUGGACAGCAGCCAGAAAGCUAUCUUUCUCAGAUGGCAUUCAGUAUCGACAGAGCACUUAAUGUGGCUUUAGGCAAUCCAUCUUCCACUGCUCAGCAUGUGUUCAAAGUGUCAUUAGUAUCAGGAAUGCCUUUUUAUGGUUAUCAUGAGAAGGAAAGACACUUUAUGAAGAUCUAUCUUUACAAUCCUGCAGUGGUGAAAAGGAUAUGUGAACUUUUGCAAAGUGGAGCCAUAAUGAAUAAAUUUUACCAGCCUCAUGAAGCGCAUAUUCCCUACCUCCUACAGCUCUUCAUUGACUACAAUCUUUAUGGCAUGAAUUUAAUAAAUCUGGCUGCUGUCAAGUUCCGAAAAGCAAGAAGGAAAAGUAAUACAUUGUAUGCAACUGGAUCCUGCAAGAAUCAUUUAUCAAGAAAUUCUCUUGCUGGUACUUUAUUUCGGUGGGAACAAGAUGAAAUACCAAGCUCUUUAAUAUUGGAAGGUGUUGAACCACAGAGUACAUGUGAAUUAGAAGUGGAUGCUGUAGCUGCUGAUAUCUUAAAUCGUCUGGACAUUGAAGCUCAAAUUGGUGGUUUUUUUUUUUUUUUUUUUAUAUGGGAAGAUGAAAAGCAACGGCGAAGAAACAGAAAUUUUUUUUUUUUUUUUUUUCUACCUGAGUCACAAGGUAUAAAUUUUGUGCCAGCAACAGAAAGUGAAAAAAAAUUUCAGAAGAUUUUUUUUUUUUUUUUUUAACAGAAUGAUUUCUCUGUGUAAGUGUCUGUUAUAAAGGAUAUGUUUUAAUUUUUUUUUUUUUUUUUUGGAUCUGUGGACUACAGUGAUGGAUCCCAGGAGUUCUCUGUUUUUUUUUUUUUUUUUUCUGAGGUUCUGUCUCCUGAAAUGCUUCAGUGUACACCAGCUUUUUUUUUUUUUUUUUUCAAAGACAAAGAAUCAAGCAAAGGUAACACUAGACACAAAGUGGAAGAAGCUCUUAUUAAUGAAGAAGCAAUUUUGAACCUCAUGGAAAAUAGUCAGACUUUUCAGCCUUUGACCCAAAGACUGAUUUUUUUUUUUUUUUUUUUGGACAGUAGUCCUGAUGAGGCUCUGGUACAUCUUCUUUUUUUUUUUUUUUUUUUUGGAUAUCGGGGGGAAAGAAAUAGGAUGCCAUCACCGUGUUUUUUUUUUUUUUUUUUUAAAUAUCCCCAAAAUAGUGAUGAUGAAGAAAAUGAACCACUUUUUUUUUUUUUUUUUUUGGAGCUUAGUUUGGUGAUGUCCCAGAGAUGGGACAGCAAUUUUUUUUUUUUUUUUUUCAAAAAGAGAUCACUGUGCAGAAAUACCCACAGAAGUUCAACUGAAGAUUUUUUUUUUUUUUUUUUAGAAGAAAUGGAAUGGAGUGAUAACAGUUUGCUUCUAGCCAAUCUUUCUAUACCUCAGUUAGAUGGAACUGCAGAUGAAAAUAGUGGUAAUUUUUUGAACAACGAAAACUCUAGAACCCACUCUUCUGUAAUUGCAACAAGCAAGCUAUCAGUUAAACCCUCCAUCUUUCACAAAGAUGCUGCUACGUUAGAUUUUUUUUUUUUUUUUUUGAUUACCUUUCAGUGUAAACACACAAGUGCCCUUUCUUCCUUUUUUUUUUUUUUUUUUGAUUUAAUUGAAGACCUUUCACAGACAAAUAAAAAUAUAGUUUUUUUUUUUUUUUUUUCAGUCACUUCUUUUACAAACGAAAGCACUUACUCUAUGAAUUUUUUUUUUUUUUUUUUCAGUACUGUUCAUUCAGAAAAUUCUCAUAAAGAGAAUAGUAAGAAAGAGAUCCUCCCAGUGUCUUCCUGUGAAAGUAGUAUUUUUGAUUAUGAAGAAGUUUUUUUUUUUUUUUUUUGACAAGUACCAAGUAGAAAAUAUACAAACAUUAGAAAAAUUUUUUUUUUUUUUUUUUUUAUACAUAUGCACCGUCACCCUAACGAGAAUACAUUGGGCUUUUUUUUUUUUUUUUUUUCUGACUUGAAUCAUUCAAAAAAUAAAGUGUCCUCUGAAGUUUUUUUUUUUUUUUUUUGCACAGCUCUGAGUAGUUUAUUCCCUUCGUCAUUUACUGAUUUUUUUUUUUUUUUUUUAUGCUCAGGGGAGAAUAGAACUAUGGUGCAUUCUCUUAAUAGCACUGCUGAUGAAAGUGGACUAAAUAAACUUAAAAUUAGGUAUGAAGAAUUUCAAGUUUUUUUUUUUUUUUUUUCAAGCCUCAGCCAGCAAGCAGCACACUAUAUGUUUUUUCCUUUUUUUUUUUUUUUUUUCUGUCUUACUAGACCACAGAAACUAUCUCCUGUCACAUAUUUUUUUUUUUUUUUUUUUAAACCAUCCCGGUUAAAAUUGAAUAAAAAGAAACUUGCAGUUUUUUUUUUUUUUUUUUCCAAAAGUAGUGAGACUGGAUCCACGAAAGAUAAUAGUAUUUUUUUUUUUUUUUUUUUUAGUAAUCCUGAGAAGGAUAGUGCAUUCGCCAGUGAUUUAUUUUUUUUUUUUUUUUUUGCUUUUGAAAAUAAAACACCCACAGAUGGUUUUAUAGACUGUCACUUUGGAGAUGGAACGUUAGAAACUGAGCAGUCCUUUGGACUAUAUGGAAAUAAUUUUUUUUUUUUUUUUUUACGCAAGGUAAAUUAUGAGACUGAAGAUAGUGAGUCGAAUUUUUUUUUUUUUUUUUUUAAAAUUAGUCUACCUCAUCCCAUGGAAAUUGGUGAAAGUUUUUUUUUUUUUUUUUUUUCUCGAAAACGAAGAAAAAUGUCUAAAAAGCUGCCCCCUGUUUUUUUUUUUUUUUUUUUUAUUAAUAGAUUUAGAGGGAGAAAAAAUAUGCUUGUGAAGCUAGGAAAAAUAGACGCUAAAGAAAAACAAGUAAUAUUAACAGAAGAAAAAAUGGAACUUUUUUUUUUUUUUUUUUCUUUGAAGGACUUUUGGCCAAAAGUUCCCGACUCCCCUGCUUUUUUUUUUUUUUUUUUUCCACUAACACCAAAGAAAAGUCACAGAAGAAAGUCAAAAUUUUUUUUUUUUUUUUUUAAAACUGGUAAGCAACAAAGGACAAAUAAUGAAAAUAUCAUUUUUUUUUUUUUUUUUUGGAAAAAACGGUCACAUGCUAUUCUUUCUCCUCCCUCACCUUUUUUUUUUUUUUUUUUCGAAGAUUGUGACUUGAAUUAUAGUGAUGUUAUGUCUAAAUUUUUUUUUUUUUUUUUUAGAAGCACAAGUCCCAUAAAUUCUUCUCCACCUCGCUGCUGGUCUCCCACAGAUCCAAGAGCUGAAGAAAUCAUGGCUGCCGCAGAAAAAGAGGCAGUUUUUUUUUUUUUUUUUUUUGUGUAUAACAAGACUGUUAAUUCUCGUAUAGGAAAAAAUUUUUUUUUUUUUUUUUUUGUUAAGAAAUCAAAAGCAAAGCUCGUUAAUCCCUCUGUAGUUUUUUUUUUUUUUUUUUAACGAAAUCAGACAAAUAAACUAGUAGAUGAUGGAAAAAAUUUUUUUUUUUUUUUUUUAAAAACAAAUGCGAAAGGUACAUCGAGAAAGCAUAUAACAUUUUUUUUUUUUUUUUUUAAAUCUCAGUCUGGUGCUGAAGUUAAGUUUGUACUGAAACACCAGAAUGUGUCUGAAUUUGCAAGUAGUUCUGGAGGCGCUCAAUUACUUUUUAAACAUUUUUUUUUUUUUUUUUUGGGCUCUGCUGUAGAUCAUCCCCUUUCUGCUCCCCUACCCUUUUUUUUUUUUUUUUUUCAGAAGUUAUCUGGCUGCUUUUCUUCUUUCUUAGAAAGCAUUUUUUUUUUUUUUUUUUAGACAUUCCCCAGUUCACGAGAUGAUUUGCAUCCAUCAGUUUUUUUUUUUUUUUUUUUACCUGGAAUCUCAAAAAUUAAUGUUCAAAGACCUCAUAAUUUUUUUUUUUUUUUUUUUCUAAAGGAAUCAACCUUAAUUCAGAAAAAUGUAUUUGACCUUUCCAACCAUUUGUCUCAGGUAGCACAGAAUACACAGAUAUCUUCGGGUAUGUCUUCUUUUUUUUUUUUUUUUUUAAAUAAUAUACAAAAAAACUAUUUGUCAUCAAUCGGAAAAUUUUUUUUUUUUUUUUUUUCCCUAGAAUCAAAGCUGGACCAAGCAUAUACCCCUAAUUUUUUUUUUUUUUUUUUUUGUCAGCAGCAGAUUGUGUGCAUAGCAGAGCAGUCAAAGCACAGUGAAACUUGUUCUCCGGGAAAUACAGCUUCAGAUGAAAGCCAAAUGCCUAAUAAUUUUUUUUUUUUUUUUUUUAGAAGUCCAAUCAAACAAAUAGCAUGGGAGCAAAAGCAAAUUUUUUUUUUUUUUUUUUUGUCAAAUUUUAAACCUGAAAGAGUAAAACAGAGGUCAUUUUUUUUUUUUUUUUUUUUAACCAAAGCACUUUCUCAGUGUAAAAAUCGAAAUGUGUCAGCACCUUCAGCAUUUGGUGAAGGACAGUCUGGACUGGCAGUUCUAAAAGAAUUGUUACUUUUUUUUUUUUUUUUUUCACAAAAUUCAAAUAUUAUACAAGACCCAUUAUCUAAUAAUUUUUUUUUUUUUUUUUUUAUUUCUGGUUCUCUUGAACAUAACAAAGCAAAUAAACGGUUUUUUUUUUUUUUUUUUCCAAGAAAACCUCGAACUCCCAGAAGUACAAAACCAAAAGUUUUUUUUUUUUUUUUUUUCAAAGUAGACUCUUUAAAUUUACAAAACUCUAGCCAGUUUUUUUUUUUUUUUUUUUUUGAUAGUCCCAUCUUUUUUUCAGAUCCAGGUUUUGAAAGUUGUUAUUCACUUGAAGAUAGUUUAUCUCCUGAACAUAAUUAUAAUUUUGAUAUUAACAUUUUUUUUUUUUUUUUUUUUUGUAGCUUUUACUCUGGAAGUCAGUUUGUCCCAGCUGAUCAGAAUUUGCCUCAGAAGUUCCUAAGUGAUGCUGUUCAGGAUCUUUUUCCAGGACAAUUUUUUUUUUUUUUUUUUUUUUUAAGUCAUGACAACCAGAAAUGUGAAGAAGACAAGCUUUUUUUUUUUUUUUUUUCAUGGAUUAGAUCUGGUACUUUAAGUCCUGAAAUUUUUGAUUUUUUUUUUUUUUUUUUCAUUGAGAAUCAUCGCCAUAACCAGUGGAAAAAUAGCUUUUUUUUUUUUUUUUUUUUUUCUAAUUCAAUAAUGGAUUCUUUCUGUGUUCAGCAGGCAGUUUUUUUUUUUUUUUUUUAAUCUAGAUUGAAUAGGAGUUCAGUAAGCAAAGAAGUGUUUUUUUUUUUUUUUUUUUUAAACAAUUCAGACUGGAUUCAAGGUCAUACCAGAAAAGAAAUGGGACGGUCUCUUGACUCAGCCAAUACCUCUUUUACUGCAAUACUCUCCUCCCCUGUUUUUUUUUUUUUUUUUUUGGCCUGUGAAGAUUUAGAACUGUAUAUUUCAAGAAACAAUUUUUUUUUUUUUUUUUUUCCUGAUAGUUCACCAAGAUCUACUAGUUCUCCUUCACAAUCUAAAAAUGGCAGUUUCACCCCACGAACUGCUCACAUUCUGAAACCACUUAUGUCCCUUUUUUUUUUUUUUUUUUUUAUGGCAACUUUGUUGGAUCAUGACCUUUCAGAGACUAUUUUUUUUUUUUUUUUUUUCAGUAAUCCUUCUGAUGUACCAGAAAAGCCCAGGUAUAUUGGUGGACGGCUCCUCAUGGUAGAAACUCGACUUGCAAUUUUUUUUUUUUUUUUUUAGGGAGACUUUUCCUUGGAAGGACUUCGUCUUUGGAAAACAGCAUUCUCAGCAAUGACUCAGAAUCCAAGGCCAGGGUCACCCCUUCGCAGUGGCCAAUUUUUUUUUUUUUUUUUUUCAAGUAAUAGCCCUAAGAUGGUUGAAGAUAAAAAAAUUGUUUUUUUUUUUUUUUUUUGUGCCCCAAGUCGACAACUGGUUCAAGUGUGGCUUCAAGCUUUUUUUUUUUUUUUUUUUUCCAAGAAACUGCCUAAAACCAAGCCAACUGGAGUUGUAAAAUCUGCUGAGAACUUUAGCUCUUCAGUUAACCCAGAUGACAAACCUGUAGUGCCUCUUUUUUUUUUUUUUUUUUCACGUAUACUCCCCACUACAGCACAUACCAAGGAGGAUGUUUUUUUUUUUUUUUUUUUACAAGCACCAACCACGAGAUGUAGUCAAACUGCAAGUGAAUUUUUUUUUUUUUUUUUUAUUGCCUCUUCAAGUGAUCCUGAAAAAGAUGAAGAUGAUGUUUUUUUUUUUUUUUUUUAUAGCUCCCCUGAUUCUCCUGUAAUUCCCCCUUGGCAACAACCAGUAUCCCCAGAUUCCAAAGCAUUAAAUGGAGAUGAUAGACCCUCAUCACCAGUAUUUUUUUUUUUUUUUUUUGCUGUUGAGAACUUCUUAAAACCAAUAAAAGAUGGUAUACAAAAAAGCCCCUGCAGUGAGCCUCAAGAGCCUCUAGUGAUAUCUCCAAUUAAUGCUAGUUUUUUUUUUUUUUUUUUUGAAUCACUUUGCCUUCAUAGUACACCUAUCAUACAGAGAAAACUGGAAAGGCUUCCUGAAGCAACUGGCCUUAGCCCAUUAUCAACAGUACCAAAAACACAGAAGUUGAGUAAUAAGAAAGGAAGUAAUUUUUUUUUUUUUUUUUUUGUACUCUUAACACAAGCAAAGGUAACUUUUUUUGCAGUAAAUACCCCACAGAAAGAAACUUCUCAGAUUGAUGGACCAUCUUUAAACAAUACUUACGGUUUCAAAGUCAGCAUACAAAACUUACAGGAAGCUUUUUUUUUUUUUUUUUUAAAACUGCAACAGUAAGGACACAUACAUUGUAUACAAAAUCUUACCCUAAUCAGUGUGGAGUUGCAUGCUCGAACCAGACGAGACUUAGAACCGGAUCCCGAAUUUGACCCAAUCUGUGCUCUGUUUUACUGCAUCUCGUCUGACGCUCCACUGCCAGAUACAGAAAAAACAGAACUCACGGGUGUAAUAGUGAUUGAUAAAGACAAGACAGUUUUCAGUCAAGAUAUCAGAUAUCAGACUCCAUUACUUAUUAGAUCUGGAAUUACAGGACUCGAAGUCACCUAUGCUGCUGAUGAGAAGGCACUUUUUCAUGAAAUUGCAAAUAUAAUAAAGAGGUAUGAUCCUGAUAUUCUGCUAGGAUAUGAGAUUCAGAUGCAUUCCUGGGGUUACCUCUUACAAAGGGCUGCCGCUUUAAGUGUUGACUUAUGUCAGAUGAUCUCUCGGGUGCCAGAUGACAAAAUUGAGAACAGAUUUGCAGCUGAAAGAGAUGAGUAUGGAUCAUAUACAAUGAGUGAGAUAAAUAUUGUUGGCCGAAUUACACUAAAUCUUUGGAGAAUCAUGAGAAAUGAGGUGGCUCUAACUAACUACACCUUUGAAAAUGUGAGCUUUCAUGUUCUUCAUCAGCGUUUUCCCCUCUUUACCUUUCGAGUCUUGUCAGAUUGGUUUGAUAACAAGACAGAUCUCUACAGAUGGAAAAUGGUUGAUCAUUAUGUUAGCCGUGUCCGUGGAAAUCUCCAAAUGUUAGAACAACUGGACCUGAUUGGGAAAACCAGUGAGAUGGCUAGACUUUUUGGCAUUCAAUUUUUACAUGUACUGACAAGGGGUUCACAGUACCGUGUGGAAUCAAUGAUGUUGCGUAUUGCUAAACCAAUGAACUAUAUUCCUGUGACACCUAGUGUUCAGCAAAGAUCCCAAAUGAGAGCCCCACAGUGUGUUCCUCUGAUUAUGGAGCCUGAAUCCCGCUUCUAUAGCAACUCUGUUCUUGUUUUGGAUUUCCAAUCACUUUAUCCUUCCAUCGUGAUUGCAUAUAACUACUGCUUUUCCACCUGCCUUGGCCAUGUGGAGAACUUGGGAAAGUAUGAUGAGUUCAAAUUUGGCUGUACCUCUCUGAGAGUACCUCCAGAUUUACUUUACCAAGUUAGGCAUGAUAUCACAGUGUCCCCCAAUGGAGUAGCUUUUGUCAAGCCUUCAGUAAGAAAAGGUGUACUACCAAGAAUGCUUGAAGAAAUUUUGAAGACUAGAUUUAUGGUGAAGCAGUCAAUGAAGACUUACAAGCAAGACAGAGCCCUGUCACGAAUGCUUGAUGCACGUCAGUUGGGACUUAAGCUGAUAGCAAAUGUCACAUUUGGCUAUACAGCUGCUAAUUUUUCUGGGAGAAUGCCAUGCAUUGAAGUUGGCGAUAGUAUUGUUCACAAAGCCAGAGAGACCUUGGAACGAGCUAUUAAACUGGUGAAUGAUACCAAGAAAUGGGGGGCUAGGGUUGUAUAUGGCGAUACUGACAGUAUGUUUGUGCUACUGAAAGGAGCCACUAAGGAGCAGUCUUUUAAGAUUGGUCAGGAAAUUGCCGAAGCUGUAACUGCUACCAAUCCUAAACCAGUGAAAUUGAAGUUUGAAAAGGUAUAUUUGCCCUGUGUUUUACAAACAAAAAAGAGGUAUGUGGGUUACAUGUAUGAAACACUGGAUCAGAAGGACCCGGUAUUUGAUGCAAAAGGAAUAGAAACAGUCAGAAGAGAUUCCUGCCCUGCUGUUUCUAAGAUACUUGAGCGUUCUCUAAAGCUGCUAUUUGAAACGAGAGAUAUAAGUCUAAUUAAACAGUAUGUUCAGCGACAAUGUAUGAAGCUUCUGGAAGGAAAGGCCAGCAUACAAGACUUUAUCUUUGCCAAGGAAUACAGAGGAAGUUUUUCUUAUAAACCAGGAGCUUGUGUGCCAGCCCUUGAACUUACAAGGAAAAUGCUGACUUAUGACCGGCGCUCUGAGCCUCAAGUUGGUGAGCGAGUGCCAUACGUCAUCAUUUAUGGGACCCCCGGAGUACCACUUAUCCAGCUUGUAAGGCGCCCAGUGGAAGUCCUGCAGGACCCAACUCUGAGACUGAAUGCCACUUACUAUAUUACCAAGCAAAUCCUUCCACCCUUAGCAAGAAUCUUCUCACUUAUUGGUAUUGAUGUCUUCAGCUGGUAUCAUGAAUUACCAAGGAUCCAUAAAGCUACCAACUCCUCGCGAAGUGAACCUGAAGGGCGGAAAGGCACUAUUUCACAAUAUUUUACUACCUUACACUGUCCUGUGUGUGAUGACCUAACUCAGCAUGGCAUCUGUAGUAAAUGUCGGAGCCAACCUCAGCAUGUUGCAGUCAUCCUCAACCAAGAAAUCCGGGAGUUGGAACGUAAACAGGAGCAACUUGUAAAGAUAUGCAAGAACUGUACAGGUUGCUUUGAUCGACACAUCCCGUGUGUUUCUCUGAACUGCCCAGUACUUUUCAAAGUCUCCCGAGUAAACAGAGAAUUGUCCAAGGCACCAUAUCUCCGGCAAUUAUUAGACCAGUUUUAAAUUGUCAAUAUCAGAGAAUUACAGGUGCUAUUUUUUUCAGUGUUUACCACUAAACUGUUGUGCAUGGUGCUUUUUAACUUUCAUCGAGUCAAGGAUGUUCACUGUCUGUCUGUUAUCUGAAGACUAUGAAGACUUCUAUGCUAACCGAAUUAAAAUGUACUUGUUGAUCUCUGAAUAGCUCACUUCUUACAAUGUACAAAUUCCUCAUUCUGUCACCUUUUAAACAUUGUUUUAUAAUGCAGGUGUUGGAUUUGCUCCAGUACGUGUACCACCUUGUAAAUCCAUUUGAGUAGAUCAUGUUUACUUCCCAGUGGAAGGAGCACUGAAAACCUCUUAAAGAAAAACCAUUCGUGUGUUUUCCUUGAACUGUCUGUAUCAAGACGUGUUACUUCGAGAUAUCCAUUCACUUUAUAAUUUUGACUGCAAAAUAUUUUGUAAAUACACUUUUUUACUUUUCAAACAACUGAGUAAAAUAAUGUGCAAUGACUUUUAUACAAAUGAUUUUCAAGUUGUUUGGUAUAUUUCCUCUAGGUUUUGCUUGACUCAAAGUAGAUCGUUAUUUUGAUCAAACUGUGCAAACAGUAGUACCAUGUGUAGCAUUUUGAAACAUUAUUUUUUAAAAAAUGCUGUCUUGCUUUAGCUAUUAAUGGGGCAUUGUGAGGAACUGUGCAAAGACAUUUUUGUUACAAACCUGUGGGCCUGUUGCAAUACUUUAAAAAUAAAAAAUUUUAUUCCAUUUGCUUGUUUUGUAUAGACAUUUCUAUUGCUUCUAAAUAUGCUUAAAAUAUUUUCUUUCCUUAUGUACUGUACAGUUAAUCUUAUUUGCCAUCAUCUUGAACACAAAAUGUGUAUUUAGAAUAUUUGUAUAACUGUGUAAAAUAAAAAAGGAAUUAUGUGGUCAGUGCAUUGUUUUUUAAACUGGAAAUCAUUUUGUUUUAAAAGUUAAUAAUGGAAACCCUAUUAAAAUUGAAUAAAAUAUAAAAUAUAGCAGUGUGACUUCAUGUUUUUUAUAAGUCUACAUUGGUUACAUCCUACCCUAGCCUUUUCUGAGUUUUAAUGAAGUAAAUUUAACACAUUUUUAUAUCCUGUUUGAUAUUGCAAUUUCCUUACCAAAACUUCAGGGUUAAAACAAAAAAAAAAAA